AUGGAAUCUCCUCUAGCCUUCCCCGACUCUCCCAUGGAGCCAGACGAAUCCGCCUAUCCUUGCAAAGGUUGUGGACAGAUACUUGAGGAAGGCAAGGCGUUUGAGCUAGCUGGCAAUAGAUGGCACAUCAACUGUUUCCGCUGCAAUACGUGUAGCACCCUCCUCGACUCCAACGCCAACCUCCUUCUCCUCGGAGACGGCUCGCUGAUAUGUAACAACUGCACCUACAGCUGCAGCAACUGCGGAAACAAGAUUGAGGAUCUUGCCAUAUUGACCGGUGAUCAGGCCUUCUGUGCCAACUGUUUCAAGUGCCGCAACUGCAAGAGGAAGAUUGAAAACCUGCGAUAUGCGCGGACGUCGCAGGGCAUUUUCUGCAUGGACUGCCACGAAGCUCUGAUGGCUAGGAGACGGAAGAGGUCUGCUAAAAGCAGUCGCACCAAAUCGGGUAACAACGUGCAAGACAAAGCUUUGCCCGCAAUUCCGCCUCCAGAGGCCAGGAGCACCGCCUAUAUUCCGGAAAACCAGUCGUCUCCUUUCCUUGAAGUCUAUGGCGAGACGCCUACAGCCGGUGUGCCUUCAGUGGGUAAGACAAUCAGUGAAUUGCAAGCAGACCCAGACUCGAGGCCAUCCACCUCGGAUCAGAAUGCUGCGAGCGACAUGCUCACGUUACCCUCCACGACCUUCCGUAAUAACAGACAUUCGAUGAUGUCGCAGCGGUCAGACCUGUUAGGCGGUGGUGGUGAAGAAUUCCUGAUACCUCUCGCCUUUGACCCUACACCCCAGCCUGCCGUCCAGACGCCCGGCUCUUCACACCCGGUCAAACAGAAAUCUGUCGAUGGGACACCCACAGACUAUUUCACAAGCAAGUCCACAACCCCGGUCGCUCAAGCGCCUCUCACCAAGUCGAACACAUCGAGUCCUCACAUCGCCUAUCAAGAGAAAGGUCGUCUGCCUUCGAGAGAGGUACUCGAACAAGGUCGCAGGAGCGGAAAUCUGAGCCGAUCUGGUUCUGCGGCUGCUCCGCCCUACGUGCCCGCCGAGUCUUUGGACAACCAGAAGUCAGAAAAGUCACCUCGGCUGUCGCAAAUUGGGCGCACCAACGAGGUGCAACAGAAUGACAAGUUCAGGCUCGAGGCAGCGCCGAAAACCAAAAAAUUCUCGACCUCGACGUCGAGUGCGCGCUCAGAGCGAUCUACUCCACGGGCCGACGUGUUGGCGGACCCUAUCGAGCAGUUCGCCUCCGCCCUCAAGCCCUUGUCUGUCCCGGACGUCGGCUCGCCAUCAGAUCGCGGCUACUCGACGCCUGGAAUGUCCAACGAGUCGAGUCCAGCUUUCAGCGCCUCCAAUGUGUCUCCCGAACCCGCGCUCCUGCCUGCGGCUUCUAUACUGCAGAGCUUGCCCAAACGAGGUGACUCUUUGGACAGUGCCAAGCGCAACCAAACAAUACCCAGAAAAGAAUUGAGCGCGGCGGCCAAUAUCCCUUCUGCCACCGGAGUCCCUGUGAAUGGUGCUUCCACCACGCCGAAAGCGCCGUUCAACUUAGCAAAGGCAAAUGGUGGAAAAGUUAUCUCUGGUCCCAUCGGUUCUCCAAAUUCCAAGAGCAUAUUCGAUACAGCAGACAGCUCGACGAUACAAGACUUUCAUAGUGCCGGUAGCGCUGGCAAGGCCAAUGAGUCUUUCAUCGACCCACGGAUUCCCCCUAUGCCACCCGCCGAUCACUCGAGGGUGCGAAAUGAAUCCUUCAGCACGCUUCAAUCCGAAAACCAACGAUAUUUGGAAGGCUCGAAAUCCCCUGGCCUUCCCAGAUAUUCUGCCGGCGGAGAUUUCAGUAUGGACGAGGACAUGGCGCGGAUAAUGUCUGGUGAAGAACCAAGUCCUGCCGAAUCGUUUCUUCGAAGGGUUUCGAACUCUGUCCGCCACGGCCGCAGCUACAGUGACAGGACUGGACGACUCUCGAAAGACCGGUGGCCUCGCUCGCCUGCUCUUCCAGGACCAUCUAUUGCACAGGAAAUUAGUAGUCCCAGCAGUGCAUCUCCGGAACAUCGCGACGAACUUGCUUGGUUCAAGAAUGAGCUUCGACGAGAGCGGCAGAAGACAGUUGAGCGGGAGAAGCGGAUAGCCGAGCUCGAGAUACAGCUCGACUCGGCCGAUUUCAAGCAGGUGAAUGUCGAACUAAAAGAGAAGAGAUCCACGAUGGUGGUGCUCGAUACACAAAAAGAAAUUGUGAUCAGAGAACUGGAGGUGCUGACCGAGCAUCUGGCUGCUGCGAAACACAGCGGCGAGCCUUUUGAUUUGGGGAAGAUGAGUAACACAGUACUUCGCGACUUCGCUGAGGCGCUCGAGAAGUUGAGGACGUCAUUCGCGCCUCAGAUCGAAGCAUCCAUCCAGAAGCGAAAUGAUCUGGUGGAUGAGAUUGCCAACCUGACUCAGAUGAAGGACAAGAGUUUCAUGGAGUUUGAACAAUUAUCUUCCAAAAACGCCCAGUUGGCCGAGCUCAACAACCAGCUGGUCCACCAAAUACAAGGGUUGUACAAGGCCAAUUCAGGUGCCCAAGAACAGCAGAAGUCGACCAUGAACGGGUUGGGAAUCUACUCUCAUCACAAGGAGAAGUCGCAGUUGUCUUUCGACUCGAGGGACACCUUGCGCAACGUGUCGACUGACUUGACCACCAUCGAUUCGGCAACUACCUUACAAGGCGAGGCUGAGCCGGUGACUGUCAUACAAGGGCCUCAAAUGGUAAACAUCAGGCCUAAGAAGUUCGACUGGAGAAAGGGUCAGAAGGUCGCCAAAGGGGUCACGAAAGGCCUGAAAGGUGCUUUCUCCUCGACGCAGCAGAGCUAUAGUAGAGACCUGCAGUUUGCCGAGACAGGAGCCUAUGGCGCGACAGCUACGCUUGGUCAGGAGUACUCGAACUUGCCAAAGAACAAUCCGGAGCCACUCAAGCAGGGUGGUUUCGGCUUCUUCAGCAGCCAGAAGACAGCCCCAAGACAGAAUGGGCUCUAUGCGCAACAAGCCAACGCCAGUACACCGUCUUUGCUGGCUGACGCUGGUGCACAGUUGUUUGGCUCUGAACUUGAGCAACGCGCCGAAUUUGAGAAGACCACCGUUCCUGCGAUUGUGAAGCGGUGCGUCGAAGAGGUGGAGUCACGCGGCAUGGAUGUCGAAGGCAUCUAUCGCAAGUCUGGUGGCAAUUCGCAAGUACAACAAGUCAAAGACUGGUUUGAGAAUCCCACGAAAGACUUCGACAUAUCUGACCCGGACCUGGAUAUUCACGCGGUUACUUCUGGACUGAAGCAGUAUUUCCGGCGACUCCCGACUCCACUCAUCACGUACGAUGUGUAUGAUAAGCUGCUCGAUACAACGUCCAUUGAAGACAGAGGAUCAAGAGUUGAGGCCAUGCAACGGGCUCUGGGCGACUUACCUAGAGUUCACUACGAAACUUUGGAAUAUCUGAUCGGACAUCUUGCACGGGUGGUGUUGCAAGAGAAAGAGAACCUCAUGACGAGCAUGAACAUUGCCGUGGUGUUUGCGCCGACGAUCAUGCGGCCUGAGAGCGUCAAUCGCGAGCUUAGCGACACCAAGAUGAAGAACGACGCGGUGAUGUGGCUGGUCGAGAACAGUGACAGAAUAUUUGGCAAGUGA